AUGGCGCUGCCGCUGCUCCCGCCCCUGCCCGAAGCCGCGGCGGCGCUGGCGGCCCUGGCCGCCCUCCUCCCCCUCCUCCUUGUCCUGAUUUGUGUGAUUGCUCAUGUAACUGCCAGAAAAAUGCCAACCCUUCACCGACAUGAAGAAGAGAAAUUCUUCAUAAGUGCUGAAGGCAGGAAAGAAUCUGUACCAAGUAUACAUGAUCCCCCUACAAAGGAACUCUCUGUUGUUGUGCCUUCAUACAAUGAGGAGGACCGGUUACCUGUUAUGAUGGAUGAAGCUUUGAAUUAUCUAGAAAAAAGACAGAAACGAGAUCCUUCAUUCACUUAUGAAGUAAUAGUGGUUGAUGAUGGUAGUAAAGAUCAAACUAUAAAGGUUGCAAUGAAGUACUGCAAGAAAUAUGGAAGCGACAAAGUGCGAGUGCUUUCUUUGGUAAAAAAUCGAGGGAAAGGAGGAGCAGUCAGGAUGGGUGUCUUUAGUUCUCGGGGGGAAAAAAUUCUUAUGGCUGAUGCAGAUGGAGCUACAAAAUUUGCAGAUAUUGAAAAAGUAGAAGAAGGUUUAAAAAAUCUUCAGCCAUGGCCUAACCGGAUGGCUAUUUCCUGUGGUUCUAGAGCUCAUCUGGAGAAGGACUCAAUAGCAAAGCGCUCUUACUUUCGAACUCUUCUUAUGUAUGGGUUUCACUUCCUUGUAUGGUUUCUCUGUGUCAAAGAGAUCAGGGAUACGCAGUGCGGAUUUAAACUUUUCACCAGAGAAGCUGCCUCACGGACUUUCUCAACUCUUCAUAUAGAACGCUGGGCUUUUGAUGUGGAACUUCUUUAUAUAGCUCAGCACUUGAGAAUACCUAUAGCAGAAGUUGCUGUCAACUGGACUGAAAUUGAAGGUUCUAAGUUAGUUCCCUUUUGGAGCUGGCUGCAGAUGGGCAGGGAUCUUCUUUUUAUACGACUGCGAUAUAUGACUGGUGCCUGGCAGCUUGAACCAAGAAAAUGUAAUUAGGUUAUUUACAUUCUCCAAAUAUAUUAUUAUACUUAAUGGAACAUGAGAACAGUUUCAAUCAAGUGAAGUGGUGAUGAAAGCUGAGGUAAUUCUUCAUUGUUCCUGUUGUAUGUUUCAUUUUUGUAGCACGUAUGUGUUUUAUAAGAUCGUCAGCAGGGAAUUUUACAAUAUUUUGAAAAGAGAAAGCAUUUCCAAAAAAAUUUUCUUAUCUGGUAAUCAGGUUUUUAUUUUAUUAAAUAGUAGCUUUAACAUGUCUUACAAAUUCACUCCAAUAAAUAUAUCUGCUUUUGUCUCAUCAUACAUUUGGAAUUUCCUUAUACAUGUUAAAAAGAGGCACUCUAUUCUACA